GUGAAGGUCGAGCACAUGUUCGCUUGCGAAAGCGAAACCCAGAAGGCCGCCUUCAUCCGUGACCAAGGGCCAGAGAUCAGGCACAUCUUCCGUGACAUGUCGCACCUGGCACAGGCGAGGGCUUACGAUAUCCUGGCGGCAGACGAGGAGCUUGUCCCGCAGGUUGACUUGUUCUUGUUCGGCUUCGUAUGCAAGGAUAAGAGCAAGCUGAAUAGGAACCGUGGCGCCCUGACACAUUGCAUCCAGGAGGAGGGCCAGCGAACAGUCAGCGCGAAGGACGCUGGGGGCGACGAAGAGGCCCCGAACAAGAGGUCGGAGUCUGGGGCGACGUUUGAGUACGUCAAGGAGUAUCUGAUGGCCAACCAGCCACCAUUCAUACUGGGGGAGAACGUGCCUGAGAUUGGCAACAAGAAGCACACCGAUGCCGAAUCAGAUCUGGACUACGUUAAGAGAACGCUGACUGAGGUUGGGUAUGAUAUCACAGUGAACGUUUACAGAGCUGAGGAAUUUGGUUCCUUAGCAAUCCGACCUCGUCUCUUCAUCCGCGGGGUGCUGAAGCGCUUGCAAGGCGCGGCCAAGCUGGAGCACUGCCACAUUGUGAUGAACGAGAUGCGAAUUCCCCAGAUCGAUCCCACGAUAAUUUUCGGUUCAGGUCUGCGGGACUUGCUCGAGAUCGACAUCACAACGGACUGGAAGACGGCGAGCAACAUGAAGGACCCUAAAUUUCGCGACGAGCACCUGGAAGUUUACAUUGCCCACGAACCACGGCUCGACUAUCCGCCGAACUACCUCAGCAUUGGCGGCGAGCCUUUUCAAUUAGCUUGCAACCAGUUGGAAGAGAGGGCCCGCGAGCUUGUUGCGUACUGCGAGCUUACAGAGCCGUGGCCGACGGACGCUGAGAUAGAGUUCAUGGAUACCAACUUGUCGCUCCGUUAUUUGCGCGGGCCCUCUGGGGCCAGAAGGGCUUGGUCCACGUCGUGCCCCUGUCUCGCUGCCUCGUCGAAGAUCUUCGUGCGGGCAAUGGUCGGCGGUGAGAAAUUCUGGGCUUUGCUUCCUGGCGUCUUCCUCAUGCGCAUCAUUGGCUAUCCGGUGAGCUCGGAGGGAGGUGAGGUUCCGUCUGAUAACGAGGCCGAUGAGAUGUGGUCUUGGGAAGAUAAGAAACUGAUGACAAGCCUUGCUGGGAAUGCGUUCAGUGGCUUCUGCGUUGGCCCGCUCUUGAUUGGUUUUCUCAGCGCGAUGUACAACAGCCGCUUUGCAACUGCGCAGUAG